ACAAGUGUACAGUUUAGUUAUAAAUCAGAUGUACAUUUUAGUUAUAUAACAAGUGUAAAGUUCAGUUCUAUAACAAGUGUACAGUUUACUUAUAUAGCAAGUGUACAGUUUAGUUAUAAAUCAAAUGUACAGUUUAGUUAUAUAACAAGUGUACAGUUUAGUUAUAAAUCAAAUGUACAGUUUAGUUAUAUAACAAGUGUACAGUUUAGUUAUAAAUCAAAUGUACAGUUUAGUUAUAAAACAAGUGUAAAGUUUAGUUAUAAAACAAAUAUACAUUUUAGUUUUAAACCAAAUGUACAGUUUAGUUAUAAAACAAGUGUAAAGUUUAGUUAUAUAACAAGUGUACAGUUUAGUUUUAAACCAAAUGUACAGUUUAGUGAUAAAUCAAAUGUACAGUUUAGUGAUAAAUCAAAUGUACAGUUUAAUUAUAAAACAAAUGUACAGUUUAGU